AGACGCGGUCGGAGUGGGAGGGAGAGUCCGCACCCGAGAGGUGGAAGAGGACGGACUUGAGGCUGGAAGAGCCUUAGAGGAGUCAUUUUCCAGGUGGGGCCCCAGACAGAGGCUCUGACAGGGAGACCCGCCAGGGUCGCGCAGCAGUCCCGGCUGACUGGGUGCGGUCCGAGCCCCCGACCUCCGCCAAACCCACUCCUCCUGCCUCUGGAAGGCGAGAGGGGGCUCCGAGCUCUGGCAAGCCCUGGAAAGGAAAGGAGGGAGGCGGAGGAGAGGUUGAGCGCUCCGGGGGCGGGUGGGAGGAUGGGGCUUCUCUAAUCGGUCCCUGCCGUGCCCCCGGCUGCUCACACACACGUGCGUCCCACCCACCUGUGCCGUCGUCCCUCGAGGUGCACAGGACCUUCCGUUCCGGUUUAGAAAAGCUUUGGAGGCAUCGCCACCGAGAGUGGCUGACACCGAGCACCGAUAGCUCUAGGCACUGUUCUACGCACUUUACAGGACAGCAGCCCUGUGUUAACGGAGGAGGAAACAGAUUAGGAUGGCUCAUUUGGUUUUAUGUGAACCAACAGAGCUUUACAACAUCUUGAAUCAGGUCACAAAACUAUCCAGAUUGACUGAACCCAACUAUCUCUGUUUAUUGGAUGUGCGUUCCAAAAAGGAGUAUGAUGAAAGCCAUGUGAUUACAGCCCUUCGAGUGAAGAAGAAGGGAGAUACAUAUCUUAUCCCAGAGUCUGUGGAUCUGGAGUGUGUGAAGUACUGUGUGGUGUACGAUAACAGCACCAGCCAUCUGGAGGUAAUCCUGAAAGAUGAUGACGAUGACGAUGACGACGAGUCUGACAAUAGCAGAGAAGAACUGGUGGCCGGAGCUGCCAUCAAGUGUGGCAGAGCCAUAACCCACCUCACCCGCCACCCUGUCCGUAUCCUGAAAGGGGGCUAUGAGUGCUUCUCAGCCAUGUACCACUUUUUUCGGACGCAGAAAAUCAUCUGGAUGCCUCAGGAACUGGAUGAAUUUCAGCCAUACCCUGUUGAAAUAGUGCCAGGUAGGAUCUACCUGGGCAAUUUCGUGCAAGCCUGCAACCCUAAAAUCCAGAAAGAUUUGAAAAUCAAAGCACAUGUCAACGUCUCCAUGGAGACCGGGCCGUUUUUCUUGGAUGACACAGACAAGCUCCUGCACAUCCAGAUAGAAGACUCCCUGGAAGCCAACAUCGUCCCCUUUCUGCGCCACAUCUGUCACUUCAUUGAGAUCCACCUCCAGCUUGACUCUAUCAUCCUGGUCUUUUCCACCCUGGGCAUCAGUCGCAGCUGUACGGCCAUCUUGGCCUACCUCAUGCACCACAAUGAGCAGAGCUUGAAGAGGUCCUGGGCCUACGUCAAGAAGUGCAAAAACAACAUGCGUCCAAAUCGGGGCUUUGUCGCCCAGCUGCUGGAGUGGGAAAAGAUUGUCCUCGGAGACUUUAUCACAGACAUCUCGGAUUCACUCUACUGAUCUCUGUGGCCCAGCUAUGGGUCCUGAAAAACCUUGCUUGAGAACUUCUUAUGGGCAGUGGGCCAGGCUAUGUAACCAGGUUGGUGUGGAAACGGUCUCCGCUACCUGGAGCCUCUUGUCAGCCUCUUCUAUUGGUUCUUCCCAGGGGCCUUGUUCACGCCACACAGCAGGUGCACUCUGCUCAGACUUAGUAAGCACCCCCUUUCCUGGAUCACCCCCACUGCACUCCUGAGGCUGCCUCUGAAAGAGCAUCUGGCUGCCAGAGCAGCUGCCCCACACCCACCCCCCAUGACUUGGACCCUUCGAAGGCUGCCUGGGGGGAGCUCCAGGGGUUCCUGCUUUCUGUGUUGGUUCACAGGGGGUGUCACAAUACCCACCUGUGGGCGGAGAUUCCCCUACACCUAGAGGUGCCAGGCCCAGGCCCCGGGUUUCACAGCUCUGAGAGUCUCCUGGCAUACGGCACACCUUUGCCUCAACCCCAGCCCCAGCAUUCCCCAUCUCUCCACUGGUUUAUCACUUGCACAGAUUUCCUUUCUGUGCUUCCACUCAUUUCUGCCUGGUUGUGUUUACCAGGAAGAGAUUCCUGCCCCUUCCAUUGCCCACACCCACGUGUCUAGAAAUUCCUCACGUCUUAAAGGGAGUUUUCUUCAGAAUGUGCUUUGGAGCUCUAGUAGUGCCCUCGGAGCCAUGAGAGGGCACAGACAAGGAGACUGAUGGGGCUUUUGGGAUGUCCUUCCAUGUUCAUUCAGCAAAUAUUCCUGGGCCACCUGGGCAGGGCUCGGGACAUAGAG